AGAGAUAACCUGCGAACAAAAAGUAAAACAAAUACAGAUAAGUGAUUAACUACACUGAAUACAGUUGAAGAAGCAUAGCAGAGUGAGAGAGGAUUGGAAUAAUGGGUGUGAGCAACAACAUCACCGCAGUUCUUAACUUUGUGGCCAUCAUAUGCUCAAUUCCCAUCAUAGCCUCCGGCAUUUGGCUCGCCUCAAAGCCCGACAACGAGUGCGUCGCCAACUUCCGCUGGCCCAUUCUCAUAAUGGGCCUCCUCAUCCUCCUCGUCUCCCUCGCGGGCUUUGUCGGUGCCUACUGGAACAAACAGGGCCUCCUCGCCCUUUACCUCUUCUCCAUGGCUCUCCUCAUCGCCCUCCUCCUCAUCCUUCUCGUCUUCGCCUUCGUCGUCACCAGACCCGACGGAGCCUACGAUGUUCCCGGAAAAGCCUACAAGGAGUACAACCUCAGCGGCUUUUCUUCCUGGUUCAGGAACCGCGUCACCGGCUCCGGCAGCUGGCACAAGAUAAAGCCCUGUUUGGCUGCUUCCGAUGUCUGCACUAGGCUCACGCUCAAUUACAUCACCGCCGAUCAAUUCUUCGCUUCUCACAUCUCCCCCUUGCAGUCAGGAUGUUGCAAACCUCCUACAGUUUGUGGUUACAGCUUUGUAAGCCCCAUACUUUGGACAAACCCUGUGAAUCCCACAGCUGAUCCUGAUUGCUACUCGUGGAACAAUGAUCAAAAUCAACUAUGCUACGAUUGUAAUGCGUGCAAGGCUGGUCUAUUGGGUAACCUCAGAAAAGAAUGGAGGAAAGCUAACAUCGUUCUCAUAGUAGCAGUGGUGGUCCUCAUAUGGGUCUAUGUCAUUGCUUGCAGCGCCUUCAGGAAUGCACAAACAGAAGACCUCUUCACCCGUUACAAACAGGGUUGGGUUUGAUCCUAUUUACUCUCAAUACUCGGAAGUUCUUUACGUAAGUUUUUGUUUUUUUGGUUAUCGUUCUUUCUUGUCCCUGUAACUUCGUUAAAGUCUUUGUCUUUAGUGUACAUAUUGGAAGUAACACGGGUCUCGUUGCUCAGGGAAAACAGAGAAUAGAAUAUUCUACCUAUACUUUCUCUGAGUGUAUGAUUAGAUGAAAUAUAUAUUGAGUUGUUAUUGUACAUUUUUGUUUUAAAUAAACUUUGGUAUUUCAUGCU